AUGGGCAUUGAUUACAUAUGCCCAAGCGACCAAACCCUCGCAGCUUCCACCUCUAUUUAUAUUCCUUACCCUCUUCCUCAUUUUCCUCAUUCAACUUCACAUUUCUUCUCUAGCCCUUUUUUUGAAGGCCCAAACUCGAUGAAAAUGGCUGUUUUUGGUCUUCUCUUGGUUGGAUUACUUUCAGUGCUGUCAUCAGUUCAUGGUUCUGGCGGAGGAUGGAUCAAUGCUCAUGCCACCUUCUAUGGUGGAAGUGAUGCCUCUGGAACAAUGGGUGGGGCUUGUGGCUAUGGAAAUUUGUACAGCCAGGGUUACGGUACAAACACUGCAGCCUUAAGCACAGCUCUGUUCAACAGUGGGUUGAGCUGUGGGUCUUGUUUUGAGAUUAGGUGUGUUGAUGAUAGGCAAUGGUGCCUGCCUGGUUCCAUUCUGGUCACAGCCACCAAUUUCUGUCCACCAAAUAAUGCUCUCCCAAACAACGCAGGAGGGUGGUGCAACCCUCCACAGCACCACUUUGACCUCGCUCAGCCUGUUUUUCAACACAUUGCACAAUACAGAGCUGGAAUUGUCCCAGUUGCUUACAGAAGGGUACCCUGCAGAAGAAAGGGAGGCAUAAGGUUCACCAUUAAUGGCCACUCCUACUUCAAUCUAGUACUCAUAACCAACGUUGGUGGAGCCGGUGAUGUGCAUGCAGUGUCGAUAAAGGGGUCGAGAACCGGUUGGCAGACUAUGUCGAGAAAUUGGGGCCAAAACUGGCAGAGUAACAACUAUCUCAACGGCCAAAGCCUCUCGUUUAAGGUCACCACCAGCGAUGGCCGCACUGUGGUUUCUAACAAUGUUGCUCCGGCAAGCUGGUCUUUUGGACAGACCUUCGCCGGCAGCCAAUUCCGGUGA